CCCUGGGAUUGGAGCUGGCUUUCUCUCAUGCCAGGGCCGACGGGAGGCUUUUGGGAUACACCGAUUACUCACCAGCCUCCCCCUUUUGUCUGCCAGUACAGCCUGACCCCUUGAGAUUGUGAACACUCUAUCUAGCCUGGGAAGCGGGCUGGACGGCUGAGCCAGGCCACAUCCAGAGUGGCCCAUGCUGUGGCCAGAGCCCUCCACCAGGCUGGGGGGCCGCUGGCCUGGCCUCCUGCCCAUACUUCUGGCUCUCCUUGGCAUGGCCCGGACGGAGGUGGAGGUGCUCCUGCCGCAGGAGGAACAGGCUCCAGCGCCUGGAGCUCUGAGCAGUAAGGAGACGUUCCUGCUCCUGUCCCUCCACAACCGCCUGCGCAGCCGGGUGCACCCUCCUGCAGCCAACAUGCAGAGAAUGGACUGGAGCGAGAGCCUGGCCCGAUGGGCUCAGGCCAAGGCGGCUCUCUGUGGUGCCCCAGCCCCGAAGUCUGCAUCGGCACCUCGAGCCACGCAGCAAGUGGGCUGGAACGUGCAGCUGCUGCCCGUGGGUUCAGCAUCUUUUGUCCACGUGGUGGGCCUGUGGUUCGCAGAGGGGCAGCGGUACAGCUACACAGCAGCCGAGUGUGCCCCCAAUGCCACCUGCACCCACUACACUCAGCUCGUGUGGGCCACCUCGAGCCAACUGGGCUGCGGGCGACAGCCCUGCUCUGGGGCCCGGGCGGAGAUUGAAGCCUUCGUCUGCGCCUAUUCUCCCGGAGGCAACUGGGAGCUAAACGGGAAGACCAUCGCCCCCUAUAAGAAGGGCUCCUGGUGCUCUCUCUGCACGGCCAGCGUCUCAGGCUGCUUCAAAGCCUGGGACCACGCAGGGGGGCUCUGUGAGGUCCCCAGGAACCCGUGUCGCAUGAGCUGCCGGAACCACGGACGUCUCAACAUCAGCACCUGCCACUGCCAUUGUCCCCCUGGCUACACAGGCAGAUACUGCCAAGUGCGGUGCAGCGUGGAGUGCGUUCAUGGCCGGUUUCGGGACGAGGAGUGUUCCUGCAUCUGUGACGUCGGCUAUGGGGGAGCCCAGUGUGCCACCAAGGUGCGCUUCCCCUUCCACACUUGUGACCUGAGGAUCGACGGAGACUGCUUCAUGGUGUCCUCAGAGGCAGACACCUACUACGGAGCCAAGAUGAAAUGCCAGGGAAAGGGCGGGGUGCUAGCCCAGAUUGAGAGCCAAAAAGUUCAGGACAUCCUCGCCUUCUACCUGGGCCACCUGGAGACCACCAACGAGGUGACCGACAGCGACUUUGAGACCAGAAACUUCUGGAUCGGGCUCACCUACAAGACCACAAAGGACUCCUUCCGCUGGACCACCGGGGAGCACCAGUCAUUCACCAGUUUCGCCUUUGGGCAGCCUGACAACCAGGGGUUUGGCAACUGCGUGGAGCUGCAGGCAUCAGCCGCCUUCAACUGGAAUGACCAACGUUGUAAAACCCGAAACCGUUACAUCUGCCAGUUUGCGGAGGAGCACAUGUCCCGGUGGGCCGAGGGACCCUGAGACUCAGCCAGGCCUCUCCCCUGCCAGCCUCCCGAGGCACAGCCCUGCGUGCCCAUCUGCACACCUGCCUGGAACAAGGGCCAGGCCAGGGCUGCAAGCCCAACAUCCACAGAGGUCGCGGACCCUGUGGGAAGUGAGGCAGGGGGCACAAGUCAGACCCAGAGAGGGCUGGGGCCCCUCAGCCUGCUUUCAUUGGGAAGAUGGGUGUCAGGCGCCCCGGGCCGGCAGUCAGAAGAGACCACUCUCCUCCGUGUGUGCCGGACCCUGUGGGGCAGAUGGGGGUUCCUCACUGCCCAGGGUGCACCCCACAAAGGAUUAAACUAAGUUAUGAAUCA